GUGUUUACGAAGCCACGGUAGCAGGACGGCUAACAACAUCUGUUAACAAAUGCUAACGCUGUAAGGCGCCAAGCAGCCCGAAAACGACAACCUGUCACAGAUACCCGAGGUGCCAUUUUCCCACCAGAUGACAAAGCUGCUGUCGUGAAAGUUAUGACUAAUUUAUUUGUAAGAAUCAGAUUCUGGUCGUGUACUUAGCGUUAGCUUGUUAGCGACAGGCUCCCCCAAACAGACGGACAUGGAGACUCGGGGGAUUGAAGACAUGUUUGACUUUCGUCGGUUUCCCAAAGACGGACUCCUCCUCCUGCUUUUGCUGAUUUACUCUCCAGUUGGCCUUUGUCUGAUGUUCCUGCGGAUCUUUAUUGGUAUUCAUGUGUUCUUGGUCAGCUGUGCACUUCCAGAAAGUUUUGUCAGAAGAUUUAUUGUGAGGACUAUGUGCUCAGUCCUGGGGAUGCACGUGAGACAGAAAAAUCCUCGCUCUAGAGACAAAAAUACCAAGCUGUACAUAUGCAAUCACGUGACGGAGUUUGACCACAACAUAAUCAACCUCUUGACCCCUUGCAAUACUCCCCAGCUGGAGGGCUCCACAGGCUUUGUGUGUUGGGCCAGAGGCUUCAUGGAAAUGCAUUCAGCAUCAGCCCAGGGUGUGAUAGGAGAGUCUCUCCAGAGGUAUUGCUCCACGGAAGGCACCCUGCCUUUGCUUCUGUUUCCUGAGGAGGACACGACAAAUGGCCGUGCUGGCCUGCUCAAGUUCAGUUCCUGGCCUUUCUCAUUGACUGACUCCAUUCAACCUGUGGCUUUACGAGUGACGAGACCAUUGCUUGCUUUGAGCACGCCAGAGUCCAGCUGGCUGACGGAACUAUUGUGGACAUUUUUUGCUCCAUGUACAGUGUAUCAUGUAAGUUGGCUCCCACCAGUUUCCAGACAAGAUGGAGAAUCCAUGCAGGAGUUUGCCAACAAAGCGCAGGAGCUCCUAGCCUGUGAACUCGGCUUGGUCUCCACCCAGAUCACUAAAGCCGAUAAAGCGGAGCACAUCAAAAGGAAAAGACACACCGCACCACAGACAUCUACAAGUGUCAGACCUGGCUCCAUUUCCCUUGGUUUCAUACAGAGCUCAGGAAUAGAGGAUCACAGGAUCAAUAAGAUGGCCCAGCAGGUGAAGGAUGUGUUGCCUCAUGUCCCACUGAAUGUCAUCACAAAGGACUUAGCAAAAACCAAUUGUGUUGACACCACCAUCACCAAUCUGCUGGAGAACUCGGAGGAAACUCCAGUGGAAGCCACUGGGACGUCUUCUUUCGGGCCCUCAAAGAACUCCUCCUUUUCACCCAGUCCCACCCCUAGUCCCACCAUAAAGCCUGCUGCCAAAACAUUUGGGAAAUCACCAGCUGACAGACACUUGUCUCUCCAAGAGAGGAAGGAAGCACUGUACAAUUUUGCAAGAAGACGCUACAUUGAGAAACAUGGAUUGGAUCAAGAAGACAGCCAUUGAACACGUUUUGGGUCAAGCCAUCGCAGAAACCUCGCCGGAAAGAAGUAUAUCAAACCUGCAUAGCUGUCUAAUUUGAAUGGUGAAUUCAUAUUUUGUCAACAGGUUUUGUUAAACAGAUUUUGUUAAUUGCAAAUACCGGGGACUCUUUACCUGAACAUGUAUAAGUCAAUGAAGUGGUGAUUAUGCAUGUGUUAAAUUCUUCAUUCUGGCUAAAAACCAUAAUUUUGAUAACAAUUUGUAUUACGAUCCACUGACUGUGAAUCAUCUAUUUAUUUUUAUAAUGUCCAGAGUCGUUGAUGAAAAUAAAGUUCAGCUUGACCUUGC